AUGGAGACUACGACUCAAUGCUCCGUUCUCAUCGUGGGAGCUGGAAUUUCAGGAAUCUCGGCGGCCAAAUUGCUUGCCGAGAAUGGGGUGGAGGACGUGGUGAUAUUAGAGGCGGCGGAUAGGAUUGGAGGGAGAAUAAGGAAGGAGGAGUUCGGCGGUGUGACUGUGGAGCUUGGCGCCGGUUGGAUCGCCGGCGUCGGCGGAAAACAGUCCAAUCCAGUCUGGGAGCUCGCUCGACAAUCGAACCUCCGUACGUGCUUCUCAGAUUACAGCAAUGCUCGUUACAACAUUUACGAUGACAGUGGGAAAAUAUUUCCGAGUGGAAUAGCAGCGGAUUCAUACAAGAAGGCGGUGGAAUCGGCCAUUACGAAGCUGAAGAAUGAAGAAUCUAAUCGUGAUGCUGAUGUUUCAGUCCUUGCUGAGACACCAACAGUUCCGAAGACACCAAUUGAACUGGCAAUAGACUUCAUUCUGCACGACUUUGAAAUGGCAGAAGUUGAACCUAUCUCAACAUAUGUAGAUUUUGGGGAGAGAGAAUUCUUGGUAGCUGAUGAAAGAGGAUACGAGUGCUUGCUGUAUAAAAUGGCAGAAAACUUUCUCUUUACCUCAGAGGGUAAAAUCUUGGACAGUCGCCUAAAAGUCAACAAGGUUGUUCGGGAAUUACAGCACUCGAGGAAUGGAGUUUCAGUGAAAACCGAGGAUGGCUGCAUUUACGAAGCCAAUUACAUUAUUUUGUCUGUUAGCAUUGGUGUUCUCCAAAGCGACCUCAUCUCCUUUAAACCACCCUUGCCUAAAUGGAAAACAGAGGCCAUCACCAAUUGCGACAUUAUGGUGUAUACAAAGGUCUUCCUGAAGUUUCCGCAUAAGUUCUGGCCUUGUGGGCCAGAAAAAGAAUUUUUCAUCUAUGCCAACGAGCGGCGAGGGUACUACACAUUCUGGCAGCACAUGGAGAAUGCUUAUCCAGGGUCUAAUAUCCUUGUCGUAACAUUGACAAAUGGAGAAUCAAAACGUGUUGAAGCUCAAUCAGAUCAACAAACCAUGAAAGAAGCAAUGGAAGUACUAAGGAAGAUGUUUGGACCUGACAUUCCAGAUGCCAUUGCCAUACUCGUGCCACGGUGGUGGAACAAUCGCUUCCAACGGGGUAGCUACAGCAAUUAUCCUAUCCACAUUAAUCAUCAACUCAUAGAUGAUAUUAAGGCACCACUUGGACGGAUCUAUUUCACCGGGGAACAUACAAACGAAAAAUUUAAUGGCUACGUGCAUGGAGCUUACCUUUCCGGUAUCGAAACCAGUGAAGCUUUAUUAGAAGAAAUUAGAACAGAGAAGGAAAGAAAUGGCGAAAAUAAAGCUUUUCUAGUAGACCCUUUGCUGGCAUUCACGGGAUCCUUAGCGUUGGCACAACCUGAUGUAGUAUCAAAUCUCCAUGCAUUCAACAUACCUAGACAGCUCUUUCUCCGCUGUAGUAGUAAACCGAGACUUCCAGAAGCUAUCUUAUGA